GCCUGUGCUCCUGUAGAAACCUCAUUUGCGUUCGACAAGCUGAGCUAUCAAGGUCUUUUUGUCAUUUCUGAGAAGAAACGUUUAAUUACUCGACAUUCAGUGGAUACCUUCUGGAUAUUUUAUAUUCAACGGAUACCUUCUGGAUUAAUCGAUAUUUAACGGAUAUCUUUUUGGAUUUAUCGCAAUCUAUCAAAGUCUCUCUGCUCAACAAUCGAAACUCCGUUCCGGUUACAAGUUGAGCUUUUAAACAUUGAUUUUGACGACUAUUCUCAUUCCAACUUUGAAAUAGUCACUGUGUUGCAAUGGACAGACGUCUCAGUGAAAAUAACCUGCCAUUGCAAAUGCAGUUUGUUGCUGUCGCUAACGGCCCAGACAUGCCGGUAGUAGUACAGCUGAAGACCCAUGAAGAGCCCUCUCACCCAGGACUCAGAGAGUCCCUGUACUCGGCCAUCAAUGAGAUUAAGUUUCUGAAAGAUCAGAACAAGUCUCUGAUGACUGAGAAUGGUGAACUCAAGCAAGAGCUGACCAGCAAGGACAAAGCUCUAGAAAGGGCCAAAACCGCCGCCAGUGUACUCAGUCACGCAUCAGAGGAGUGGAGAACGAGAUGUGAGGUCAUGGAGAAGAGCCUCGCCGCCAACACGUUCCAGCUGCAGGAGCUCAACAUCAAACUGCAAGAGCAGAAGCAGGUGUUGACUGGCAGGCAGGUGGAGGUGAGCCGUCUCCAAGAGGAGUUUCGGGAAAAAACUUUCCUCCUCAACAUGGAAAUACAAAAACAUCAGGCUACCACCAAAGCCCACGUACAGACCCUGCAGCAGCUGUCUCGCAAAGAAACCCAGCUUAACAGGAUUGAAGGACAGUGGAAGAGCCGGUGUGACACUCUGGAAGAGAACCAUGUCUCCAACUCCACCCAGCUGCAGGUGCUCAACGCCAAACUACAAGUGCAGGAGCAGGUGUUGACCAGCAGGCAAGUGGAGGUGAGCCGUCUCCAAGAGGAGCUUCAGGAAAAAACUGGCCUCCUCGACAGGGAAAUUGAGAAAUGUCGGGCGAGAACCAAAGCCCACGUAGAGACCCUGCACCAGCUGUCUCUCAAAGAAACUGAGCUCAACAGUAUUGAAGGACAGUGGAAGAGCCGGUGUGACCGUCUGGUAGAGAACCAUGUCUCCAAAUCCACCCAGCUGCAGGUGCUCAACGCCAAACUACAAGUGCAGGAGCAGGUGUUGACCAGCAGGCAGGUGGAGGUGAGCCGUCUCCAAGAGGAGCUUCAGGAAAAAACUGGCCUCCUCGACAGGGAAAUAGAGAAACGUCGGGCGAGAACCAAAGCCCACGUAGAGACCCUGUACCAGCUGUCUCUCAAAGAAACUGAGCUCAACAGUAUUGAAGGACAGUGGAAGAGCCGGUGUGACCGUCUGGUAGAGAACCAUGUCUCUAAAUCAACCCUGCUGCAGGAGCUCAACAUCAAACUACGAGAGCAGGAGCAGGUGUUGACCAACAGGCAGGUGGAGGUGAGCCGUCUCCAAGAGGAGCUUCAGGAAAAAACUGGCCUCCUCGACAGGGAAAUAGAGAAACGUCGGGCGAGAACCAAAGCCCACGUAGAGACCCUGCACCAGCUGUCUCUCAAAGAAACUGAGCUCAACAGUAUUGAAGGACAGUGGAAGAGCCGGUGUGACCGUCUGGAAGAGAACCAUGUCUCCAAAUCCACCCUGCUGCAGGAAGUCACUAAACGUUCGGCCCAGGAGGAGGAGAAAAAGAAAGAGGAGGAGAAGAUCGAGAAGAAAAGGGAGGAAGAGAGCAGAAAAAUGGACAAUGAUGUGGAAGAGAUUAAUGUGGAGGGUAAAAGUGGAGCGAGAGAAAGGAAACAUACAAAGAAUCAUCACAAAAGGAGAGCGAGAAGAGGGAAUCACUGAAAUGUUCGGUAGCGAGGAGGAAUGGUUGGACACCCCCCAAAAACUCCAACCUGCCUCCUACCUGACUCUCUCCUGGCUUAGUCUUCCUUACUCUCUACCCACAACCCUCCUACCCUAAACCUGCCACACCAGCCUCACCCCACCCAUUACCGUCUCCCCCCUAUUUAUUUAUUUAUUUAGUUAGUUACAUAGUUAUCUGUCGAUUUAUUCAUUUAGUUAGUUACUUACUUACUUAGUUAUCUAUUUACUUAUUUAUUCAG